AUGGAUGAUAAUAAUACAAAUAAUAAGAAUGAUGAUAAUGAUGAUGUUGUUGACAAUAAUGAUGAUGAAAAAACUCAUUUAAAUAAAAUUCGUCAAAUAUUAAUUCAAACAAAAAUUGAACCUGCAAAAAGUUCAACGAUUGUUGAAUUAUUUCGACGAUUUUUUUCAACAAAUACAAAUCAAGAAAAACUUGAAGAUAUUGAUUGUGCACAUGGUGGAUAUCAUGAAAUCAUACCACGAUUAUUUCUUGGUGACUAUCGAUUAGCAAUGGAUCCAAUAAAAUUGCAGAAAUUAGGUUUUACGCAUAUUUUGAAUGCUGCUGAAGGACGUAAAUUUGGACAGAUUAAUACAAGUGCAACUUAUUAUGAAGAAACAGGAAUUAAAUAUAAAGGUUUUUCCAUUAUUGAUAGCCCUGCAUAUAAAAUUGGAAAGCAUUUUGAAGAUGCAAUACAAUUUUUAGAAGAAGCAUUAAAUAAUAAUAAAAAUCGUGUUUAUGUUCAUUGUCAACAAGGUAUUAGCCGAUCAGCAACAUUAAUUAUAGCAUAUCUACUUCAUACAUAUGAACAUAUGUCAUUAUUUGAUGCAUUUCAACUUGUUGCUGCUCGACGUCGUAUUUGGCCAAAUGAUGGAUUUUGUCGUCAUCUACUUCAACUUGAAAAAGAAAAGAAACAGAAGAAAAACAAUGAAGAAACUCCACCAAUAUCUCAGAUUCAAACAAUUGAAAAUGAUUUUGAAUUGUGUACAAUAAAUGACGAAAAUACUGAUAUUGAAGAGUUUUCAACAAAAUUUUAA